AUGGCCGCAACACCGGCCGCACCACCAGCAGCACCGGCGCCGACCUUCGACUUUAACCUCAGCAGCAUAAACGAGCUGCUGAACCAGGGCAACAACGCCGUCAUCACCGACGAACGCGUCGCCGAGAUCAAAAACCACUUCACGUCCAUCCGCUUCCGGUACGGGGAGCUGAUCGGCCGCGGCGGGUACGGGCUCGCGUUCAGCGUGCGCGAGCGCGUGGGCGUGGGCGUCGGCGGCGGACGUUGGCGCAUGCUGGCGGUUAAGAGGGCGCUGAGGGGCGAGAAUGAGGGGGAUUUGCGGGAGGAGAUUAAAUGGAUGAGGAGACUCAGCGGUUCCGCCCCCAUCGCCCGCGUCAUUGCGACUCGCGACGACCCUGCGCCGCCCUCCCGGGGCGCGCGCAGAUUUCGCCAGCUCGUCAACCGUGUGCGCGGCAAGCGCGAGGGGUUUCUCAUUGGCCUCAAGGGGCCUGUUCUUGUGGUCGAGUACAUGGAGAAUGCGGACUUGGCGCGCUUGUGGACGCGGCUUUAUCAAUUCGAUCAGCUGUUGCCGAAUCGGAUAUUGUGGGCUUUCUUUUUGUGCUUUGGAGACUGUGCCGACAGAUGGCAGCGCGCCUGGGCGGAUGGAGCAUGGGGAUAUACACGCGGGAAACAUCAUGCUCGGCGACACGGGCGACUUCCCCGAACACACCUAGUCCCCGUGCUGAAAUUUAUCGACUUCGGCAAGGCCAAGGAGGACUUGGGCGUCGAGACGAACGCGCUCGACAUCUGCAGGGUGAUGCUGAACAUGAUCGCGCGCAAGGUAGUCGUCGUCGGCGUCGCGCGCGCGGUGUCGACGUACAAGGGGUACCAGACCAUGGCGACCGAGAUCCUGCCGCAGGGGAACGGCGCGCGCUACCCGACGCUCGACGACGACCUGCGUGACUUCUUGGCUCGCUGUCUGGCCGAGAGGCCGGCGGACCGGCCCUCGCUGGCGGAGAUGCUGGCUACGGCCGAAGCGGCGGUGAGCAACAAGGACGCGGCGCCGUUUGCGCCAAACGAGGCGCUGGAGACGGACGAGGCGAUCCGGGCGCUGCUGAAGAGGCUGGUUUAUGAUGCGGAUACCGGUGUUAGCCUGACGGCUGCCUUGGGAGGAGGGCCCCCGUCUUGA